GUCAAAGUUGGCAAGAUCGUCAAUGAAUUUGCUGAUGUUUACCGGUUGUUUGCACAAUUGUUGUAAUAAUGUCGAGAAAAAAUUCGAAACCUCUUAAAGAUUCGGAAAUUGAAAGUCAAUUGGCUGCCUUGUUUUCAUCGGAAGAAGAAGAAGGGUUUGAUGAUGAUGUAUUUGAUUCUUGUGCCACAGACUUUUACUCGGUGGAUUACGACCGACGGUUGGACGAAAUUCAAAAUGUAACGACUGAAGAUUUACAUAGUAUACUGUUGGGUGAGUCUGAUUUUUCGUCAAUACAAAAUGAAACACAUAUUACUUUACCAGUAUCACAUGAACAACAAGUCCAAGAAAGUAUCACAAUUCAAGAGUUUACUGUCCCAGAAACAAUGGUAAAUAUUGGUUCAAUACCACAAGAUGUUACAAUGGUAGAAUCUCAAGCAGGUACUCCUUUGAUAGCUUUAGAAAGACAAGCCGGCCCUUCUUUAUUACCACUGGAUGAAAGACAAGCAGGCCCUUCUUCAUUACCACUGAAUGAAAGACAAGCAGGCCCUUCUUCAUUACCAUUGAAUGAAGUCCAAGCAGGCACUGCUUCAAUACCAAACGAUUCUUUGCCAGGUGAACAAAAUCAUCCUGAACCAAAAUCAGUUUUUUGUAGAAAUACAUUUAGUCAGUUACAAAAUAAGGCAAGAAAUUGGUCUUUUACAGCUGAGAAUAUUAAUUGGCCUAGUUUUCACAGAGAAAUGCAAGUUAAGAAACUAUACACUAACCGAAGUCAACCGCUUGAUUAUUUCAUUGAUUAUUUUCCAGAAGACUUGAUUGAUGUAAUAGUUGAGAACACAAAUAUUUAUGCACAUCACAAAAAUGCUAAAUCUUGGAAAAAUGUUACGAAAGAAGAGAUAAAAGCAUACUUUGGUAUGAUUAUACUGAUGAGUAUAAAUCCCUUGUCCGAUAUAACUACAUAUUGGUCGACAGAUGAAUUUUACAGAAACCCAGUCAUAAACAAACCUAUGCCAUUAAAAAGAUUCAAAAAAAUAACACAAAACCUUCACAUAUCAAACAUUAUUACUGAAGCUUCACAAAACACCCCAAAUUAUGAUAAAUUGUCGAAAAUUAGACCUGCUAUUGAAGUUCUGAACAAAACUUUUAAGGAAAAUGUAAAAGUCUCUGAAUUUAAUUCAAUUGAUGAAAGUAUGAUAAGGUUUAAAGGCCGUAGUCAUAUGAAACAAUACAUGCCUAAAAAGCCCAUUAAACGUGGAUACAAAUGUUGGGUGAGGGCUGAUUCCCAUACACGAUAUAUGUAUGAAUUUCAGUUUUAUACUGGAAGGAUUGAUAAUGGAACAGAGGAGAAUUUAGGGGCCAGAGUAGUGAUGGACCUGUGUGAAUCUUUGCCAGCUAAUACACUUGUUACGUUUGACAAUUUCUUUACCAGUCUUCCUUUGAUAGAAAUUUUACAUGAGAAAGAUAUUUACAGUGUUGGAACAAUUAGAAUAAACCGGAAAGGCUUACCAGAUUUGAUAACAGGAAGAAAUUUAAAUAGAGAAGAAAAAAAGGAAACAUCUUUGAAACCAGGAGAGUUUAUAUACCAAUGUGCUGCACCAAUAUCAGUGGUACCAAGGAUGUUUUCAUUGCAAGCUCUGCUUUUGAUCCACGAGCAGUUGAACAAAUAUGGAGGAAACAGAAAGAUGGUAGCAAGAAGCCAAUGUUUUGCCCACUUUCCAUAACAAAAUAUACCCAAUUCAUGGGUGGAGUAGAUCAUUUUGAUCACUACAGGGCGUCAUAUCCUCUUGGUCGUAAAUCUCGCAAGAAUUGGCACUGACUCUUCUGGUUCCUGCUCGAGGCUGCAGUUAUAAAUGCAUACAUUGUUUAUAUGAUGUCUCAUUCAACAAGGAAAAACACACAUAAAGACUUUCGCUUACGUUUAGGCAGGGGCCUCAUAAACAAUUUUUCAUCUCGAAAAUGUCAAGCCCCAGUCUUCAAGACCAAAAAAGGAGGUGCAAACUCAGUACCUGAAGAGGUGCGAACAUCAGAUGUUGGCUCCCACAUGCCUGAAUUAGCAAAAUUUAGAAGGUGCAGGAUGUGCAGCACGCGAGCUAAAGAACAAAGAACGAAAUAUGUAUGUAAAGUUUGUAAAGUGCCAUUGUGCGCUGCGCCUUGUUUCUAUAACUUUCACACCCAAUAAAGAUACUUAACUUUUA